AUGGCGUCCACGAACAUCCCCGAAGGAUUCCUCGGAAAUCUCACCACAGACCAACAGAAGAAACUCGAGCAGUUAUGGACUAUCAUCUUGAGUCUGUCCGACGCCCUGACAUCCACCACAACAGACACAAAUGAGUCUCAGCACCGACGCAACUCCUCCCUCGCUCGGACAAACACGAGCGCCUCAAAGGGCAGCACCGCCACUACCCCCGCUUGCUCUGCUCAAGUCUCUCAGCACCUCCAGGGGCUCGGGCUGCACGCCCCUGAAAUCAAACAAGUGCAACACAUCCGGACCCAGAUUACACCCGAGGAAAUUCGAGAUGGACUCCUGAGCACCACGAAGCACGAUCACCCAGAUGUGCUGCUGCUGCGCUUCCUGCGCGCGCGCAAGUGGGACGUCAACAAGGCCUUCGUCAUGAUGCUGGAUGCCAUCCUGUGGCGCAUGAAGGAGUUCCACGUCGACGAAGAAGUCAUCGCCAAGGGCGAGCUGCAUGCGCUCAAGGCGUCGCGCGACACCUCCAACGCUGUUGCCGCAAAGAAUGGCAAGGACUUUCUGGCGCAGAUGCGUAUGGGAAAGGCGUACGUGCACGGUGUCGAUAAGCUGGGCCGGCCCAUCGUCGUGAUCCGGGUCAAGCUGCAUAAGCCCGGUGCGCAGAGCGAAGAGACAUUGAAUCAAUUUAUUAUCCACGUUAUCGAGUCCGUGCGGCUGUUGCUGGUGCCGCCGGCGGAGACUGCUGCUGUUGUCUUCGACAUGACCGGAUUCGGUCUCUCGAACAUGGAAUAUCCGCCCGUCAAGUUCAUCAUUAAAUGCUUUGAAGCAAACUACCCCGAGUCACUGGGGGUGCUGCUCAUUCACAACGCACCAUGGGUGUUCUCAGGUAUCUGGCGCCUCAUCAAAGGCUGGAUGGAUCCCGUCAUUGUCUCCAAGAUCCACUUCACCAGGACCAUUGCCGAUAUGGAGAAGUUCAUUCCCCGCGACCAGAUCGUCAAGGAACUCGGCGGGUCCGAGGACUGGACGUACGAGUACGUGGAGCCAGACGAGAACGAGAAUGACCGCAUGGAAGACACAACCGCGCGUGAUGCUCUGCUGGCCCAACGCGCCAGCAUCGGCGACGAGCUACUCAACGCCACCUCCAAGUGGGUCACGGCCAUCAAGAACAAGGACGAGGAGGAGACGGCAGCUGCCAAGGCUCAUCGGGAUGAGUUGAUUGAGCAGUUGCGGUCGAAUCACUGGCAGCUAGACCCGUACGUGCGUAGUCGGAACUAUCUGGACCGAACGGGGGUGAUCAAGGAUGGAGGUAAGAUCGACUUCUACCCCAAGAGUCAACCUCAGUCGGAUGUUGAGGUGGCCAAGGUCGUGGAGGUCGAGCAUGUGGAACAGACUCAGGCGCAGGUUGUUAAUGUCUGA